GUCCUCCAGUGUGCACCAGUGAAGCGAGAGGAGCGCUUGUUGGAGUCAACUAGACAGUCGACUGGCAGCGAGUGGUGAUUUCUUUUUUUUCUGCCUCAGCCUGGCUGGAUAUUGGCUUCUGUGCUUUCCCUCUGCUGCAGCCUUUAACAUGAAAUGCGUUUUCUACCUACUGUAGGCUCUCGCAUCGUUUCCUCCCACUGGCUUUUGGCAACAUUUUCCAAGGGAUUUUUUUUUUGUCUUUUUGUGUGUGUGUGUGUGUGUUGCAUGGACUAAUUGCCGGGAUAUGUGCAGCCCUUUUUUCUAAGUGAGAUACGAGGAAAUCAAUUAGUAAGUACAAGCUUCAAGACUUGCGGAGGGGAUGGAAGACUAAAUCAGCUGGAAAUAAAAAGGUAAUCGGGACUUAUGUGAUCUGAUGAGAUACCCCUGCAGUUGCAGUCCCGUUCUUUAAGCAAAGAUAUCCGGACUUAAGCUGUUGAAUAAUUUUGUGACUGCAGAUUUUUUUUUUUCAUCCGAUGUGCAGUGUGAGCCUAUAUGUGCCAUCCGAAGAGGACAUUUCAUCACUGCUUGUAAUAAAUCUCCCCCCCCCCAAAAAAAGGUGUAUAUCCAAAACGCGGCUUAAAUAUUUGCUGGCACGGAGGAGGAGGAGAAUUUAACGCGGACUCUUGAACCCCAUUACUUCAUCUGCAGGGAAGAUUUUUUUUUUCCCCCUUUUUUAUUGUGGGCUUGCUCGCAGGAAUUUUAAUGUUGUGCUUAUGCAGUUAGAACAUUUCACCCCCCCCCCUCCUCAUUUCAUUCGACUUAAAAAUGGACAGUUUUUCGCCUGAUGACAUCUGCACGGAUUUACACGGCUAAAUCGCAGUGGUGAGGGACAUUCAGCAUGUUUUCACAGCUCUGUCGUCCCCACUGUUUCGCCCGCUGCAGCAGACCUGAGGAUGCGCUCUGCCUGAGAAGAGUGAAGUAGGCUGAGGCACUUGUUAGAAUUAUAGCUUCCACAUCAUGAUUUAAUUUGCUUACACGCGACCCAUUCAUCACCCCCGACACUUUUUCCGGACAUUUCAGUCAGAAGAUGAUUCAUUUGGAACAUGUUUGCUGUUUCCUCUGACGUGCAUUCCUGUGCGUAAUUAUCGAGGUUUUUUUAAGGCAGAGAAGAAAGAAAGAAAGAAAGAAAGAAAGAAAGAAAGAAAGAAAGAAAAAAAAAAUCAACAGGUACAAUACAAACCAAGGACAUGGAAUUAAUACAAUUCAUUGCUCUGUUGCUCUUAUUUUUGAUCGGGGCUGAGGCCGUCAUCAACCUCAAGUAUGGAAUAAACGAGGAAAUGAAGCCCGGGUCUGUGAUCGGAAACGUGACAAAGGACGCGCUAAAGCAAGGAUUCCAGAUCGCACCGCAGCCCCCAUACUUGAGGGUUAUUUCCAACUCAGAGCCACGAUGGGUGGAACUCAGUCCAGCCGGAAUUCUUACCACCCAAAUGAAAAUAGACCGGGAUGUAGUUUGUCGGCAGAACCCAAAGUGUAUUAUUUCCCUAGAAGUGAUGUCAAACUCCAUGGAGAUCUGUGUCAUCAAAGUUGAAAUCGAGGAUUUGAACGAUAACGCACCCAGAUUCCCAACGAGCCACAUUGACAUUGAAAUUUCUGAGAAUGCCUCCCCUGGUACUCGGUUUCCCCUAGAGGGGGCAAGCGAUCCGGACUCGGGGAUCUUCGGAGUGCAGUCCUAUUCUAUCACACCUAAUGAGCUUUUCGGACUAGAAAUAAAGACCAGAGGUGAUGGAUCCAAAAUUGCUGAGCUUGUUGUGCAGAAAUCGUUAGACAGGGAGACACAGUCGCACUACACAUAUGAGAUCAGUGCAGAGGACGGAGGAGACCCUCCAAAGAUAGGCGCGGUCCAGUUAAAUAUCAAAGUAAUUGAUUCCAAUGACAACAACCCUGUGUUUGACGAGCCAGUGUAUACAGUGAACGUUAUGGAGAAUUCACCGAUGAACACGUUAGUCAUUGACUUGAACGCAACGGAUCCCGACGAGGGCACUAAUGGAGAGGUCGUGUACUCGUUUAACAGCUACGUCACCGAGAAGACGAGGGACGCGUUUAAAAUUGACCCCAGAACCGGGAUCAUCACCGUCAACGGCAUUUUGGAUUACGAAACAACGCAAAUAUAUGAGAUCGACGUGCAGGCCAAAGAUUUAGGUCCCAACUCCAUCCCAGCUCACUGCAAAGUCACAGUGAACGUGAUGGACACGAACGAUAACCCACCUGUCAUCAGUUUGCUCUCACUGAACACGGAGAUGGUGGAAGUGAGUGAAAACGCGCAGCGCGGAUAUGUCAUUGCACUGGUGAGAGUGUCAGAUAAGGAUUCUGGGGCCAAUGGGAAAGUGCAGUGCAGGCUGCAGGGAAAUGUUCCGUUCAGACUGCAAGAAUAUGAAAGCUUCUCCACCAUUCUAGUUGACGGGAGGCUGGACAGAGAGCAAAAGGACACAUACAAUCUGACCAUUCAAGCGGAGGACAGUGGCAUCCCUCCGUUACGCGCCACAAAGUCCCUCGUAGUCAAAGUCUCGGAUGAAAAUGACAACCCUCCCCACUUCCUCAAGCCACAUUAUCAGGAGAUGGUCAUGGAAAACAAUCUCCCCGGCUCGUGUCUGCUGGCAGUGUCAGCAGAGGACCCGGACCUGGGGAUGAAUGGCACCGUUUCCUACUCCAUAGUCCCCGGUGAGAUUAAGCACAUGGAUGUAAACACAUAUGUCAGCAUAAACCCAUCAGGCCGCAUUUACUCCAUGAGAUCGUUCGACCACGAAUACACCAGGACUUUUGAUUUCAAAGUUUUGGCCAGAGACAAUGGCAACCCCUCCCUGUCCAGUAACGCCACCGUGCGCAUUGUCGUGCUCGACGUCAAUGACAACACACCUGUGAUGACAAACCCUCCGCUGGUCAACGGCACCGCGGAGGUGUCGAUCCCCAGGAACGCGGGCGUGGGCUACAUGGUGACACAGGUGAAAGCAGACGACUAUGACGAGGGGGAGAACGGCCGCCUGACCUACACCAUCUCAGAGGGGGACCGGGCUUUCUUUGAAAUCGACCAAGUGAACGGGGAGGUGCGCUCCACCAGGAUGUUUGGAGAAAACGCCAAAUCCACCUACGAGAUCACGGUGGUGGCGAGGGACCACGGCAAGCCCUCGCUCUCCGCCUCGGCCUACAUCGUGGUGUACCUCUCACCAGACCUGAACGCGCAGGAGCCUAUUGGAGCCGUAAACCUGUCUCUCAUCUUCAUCAUUGCCCUGGGCUCGAUCGCAGCCAUCCUCUUCAUCACUAUGAUCUUCGUGGCUGUGAAGUGCAAGCGGGACAAUAAGGAGAUCAGGACGUACAACUGCAGCGUGCACAGGCCCAACUGUGAGGACUGCAGAUUAUUUCCUUCGACAGCUGAAGCGGCAACAAACCUACAGGUGGCGGAGUACUCAUAUGGCAACCAGAAGAAGUCCAGCAAGAAGAAGAAGCUUAGCAAGAACGACAUCCGACUGGUGCCGCGAGACGUCGAGGAGACAGACAAGAUGAAUGUGGUGAGUUGCUCGUCUCUCACCUCCUCGCUCAACUACUUCGACUACCACCAGCAGAGCCUGCCUCUGGGCUGCAGGCGCUCCGAGAGCACCUUCCUCAACGUGGAGAACCAGAACUCGCGCAAUGCCGCUCCCAACCAUGGCUAUCAGCACCCAUUCACUGGGCAGGGCCACCAACAGCCAGACCUCAUCAUCAACGGCAUGCCACUGCCAGAGACGGAGAAUUAUUCCAUUGACUCCAGUUAUGUGAACAGCAGAGCCCACCUCAUUAAAAGGCCCCCAUGUAGCACGUCGACAUUCAAGGACCUGGAAGGAAACAGUCUGAAGGACAGCGGUCACGAGGAGAGCGACCAGACGGACAGCGAACACGACGUCCAGAGAGGACACUAUGUUGAUACGGCUGUCAAUGAUGUGCUGAACAUGACUGUCCCCCCCAAUGUUUGCCAGCUGCCAGACCAAGAUCCCAGUGAGGGCUUUCACUGCCAGGAUGAGUGUCGCAUCCUCGGCCACUCAGAUCGCUGUUGGAUGCCUCGUGUCCCAGCGCGGGCCAAGUCACCCGAGCACGGCCGGAAUGUCAUCGCUCUGUCUAUCGAGGCCACCACAGUGGACGUGCCCCACUACGAGGAUGGCACCACCAAGAGGACUUUUGCCACCUUCGGCAAGGACGGGCCUGAGGAUGUUGAACGGGGAGAAAUAAAAGGAAAGCGGACUCAGGAGUCUCAGGUGUGUAGCCCCAAGGCAAACGGAGGGGCUGUCCGUGAAGCCGGCAACGGGCGCGAGGCGGCCAGCCCCAUCACUUCCCCUGUGCACCUGAAGAGCCCAGUGGCGAAGCCGUCGUCUGCCUACAACACGCUGAAAUGCCGCGACGCGGAGCGAAUCGCCAACCACAGCUUGCUGCGGCAACCGGAGGGGAAGGACAGUGAACCGGCGGUCAGGGAGAUCAACACGCUUCUCCACGACGGCAGAGACAAGGAAUCCCCCAGCAGCAAGCGCCUGAAGGACAUUGUGCUUUAGCCAGCUCCUCGCUGACGGCCAACAUCAUACACACAUACCGUGUAAAACUCACAUAUAUAUACCCCGCAAUAGCUGUGUGUACACAGACGAAAGUCAGGUCGUGGAAGUAGAGAGACACACCCAUUUGCAGUAUACAAUAUUCAGAAACCAGCCUGGGCUGGAGACGAGGAACUGUCGUAUACUGCAGCUAGUUGUGUGCUCAAGCCGAGGUAGUGGAUGUGGCUUUGUUGUAGUCGCGGUACUUUUCUCCUUGUUUGCGUUUUGUUCCAUUUUCUUUCUAUCAGUCUGCAACGAGUGGACAGGCAGGUUACUGUUGACCGCAUGGACAUUGCCCGUGGAGCUCUCCAGCUCCGAAGCAGGAUACUACGUUUUGGACACCUGGGGUGCCAAACUCCGAAGUACAGUUAUGCCUUUGAACUACUUUUGUAUCACAAACUGAUGUUUGCCUUCUUUGGUUUUUGCAGUUUGUUCUAGCUGCCAAAAUCGUUCUUUGUUCCUUUGUAUAGUGAGCUCCGUCGGUGUGUAAUACGCAACAACACAAAUACACAGGAUUCAGCUAAAAAUGUUUUUCGGGCGCAUUCAGAAGAGGGGAAGCGAGGCCUUUCAGUUGCAUUUGCCCACCCCCCCCCCGCCCCUCUCUCUGUGACUAUAAAAAGAGGAUGCUUUCUUUCUCUCUCUCCGUAUCCCUGAGGAUAUCCUAGUGUCAUCAGACUGUGAGAUCUUUACAGUAUUUAUAUUUUAGCGGAGGACGGAGCUAAAUGAACUCUCACAAUCUGCCCAGCUGCUCUGAACACUGGAAGUGGGACAGACAUCCUUGUGUUCAAAUUGAGUCGUAUGAAAAGAAGACUUAAGCGAUUUUUGAAAUCUCCUGUGCCCAACCUUGAUUGUAGCCCAUGGAGCACAAAUUAGAACGUUGUGCUCCGGUCUUGUACUUUUUUGACUUUUGAUUAUGGGGCUAGGAUAGAAGGGAUCGUCACUCAUGUCUUGCUAUGUGAAACUCUGUAUAGGGUUUACUAUUAUCAUUUUUAAUAACCUGUUGUUAUGUGACAAUCCCUUUAAUGUUUUGUUUCAAGAGGAAAAAAAACAAAUAAACAUUGGUGUUCAA